AUGGUUGAGCUCGUCAAGAACCUUAUUCCCGCCGAGUACGGCUACGUCCUCGGCGCUGUCGUCAGCACUUUCUUCGUCAACGCCUGGCACGGCGGCCAUGUCGGUUCCUUCCGCAAGGCAGCCAAGAUCCCUUACCCCUUCGAGUACGCCUCGUACGAGCAGAUCCAGACGGCAUCUCCCGCGUCCAAGAAGGCCAUGCUGGCCUUCAACUCGGCUCAGCGCGCCCACCAGAACUUCGGCGAGAACCACCCCACCGUCAUGGGCACACUCUUGAUCUCCGGCCUCAGGUGGCCCGUGGCUACCGCUAUCCUGGGAGCCGUGUGGAGCGUCAACCGGGUCGUGUACGCUGUUGGAUACUCAAACAGUGGAGAGGAGGGCGGCAAGGGCAGGUACUAUGGCGCUGCGUGGAUGUUGGCGCACUAUGCGCUGAUCAUCAUGUCUGGUAUCUCCGCGUACAAGAUUGCCAUGGCUUAA